UCGGUGUGCAGCAGCACUCAGUUAUUGGGAGGGGUGCUGUUCGCAGACAGGAGACAGGAUCCAUGGCAACAAUCAUGGCAGAGGCAGAGACUCGUCAGAAGCUGCUGCGCACCGUCAAGAAGGAGGUAAAGCAGAUUAUGGAGGAAGCUGUCACCAGGAAAUUUGUUCAUGAAGACAGCAGUCAUAUUGUCUCUUUUUGUGCUGCAGUGGAGGCAUGUGUUCUACAUGGCCUAAAACGGCGAGCAGCUGGUUUUCUGCGUAGCAACAAGAUAGCAGCACUGUUCAUGAAGGUGGGGAAAAGCUUCCCCCCAGCUGAAGAGCUGUGCAGGAAGGCCCAGGAGCUUGAACAGAUCAUUGAGACAAAGCGAAGUCAAAGUUUGCAAAGUCAGGACAGCCUUCGCAAGAUGCCCCGACUCCCCAGUCUCAACCCACAAGGAGUCAAGAACCUGUGGAUCCGGACCGCUCUGUUUGAGAAAGUACUGGACAAGAUUGUCCUCUUCUUGGUGGAAAACAGCAGUAAAUACUACGAAAAAGAAGCUAUAUUGAUGGACCCUGUAGAUGGACCUAUCCUUGCAUCAUUGUUAGUUGGGCCUUGUGCUUUGGAGUACACAAAAAUGAAGACGGCUGAUCACUUCUGGACAGACCCAUCUGCUGAUGAGUUGGUGCAAAGACAUCGCAUCCAUAGUGGCCACUGCCGGCAGGAUUCUCCCACCAAGAGGCCCGCACUGUGUAUCCAGAAGCGGCACUCCAGCAGCAGCAUGGAUGAACGCCCCUCCCCCUCGCCAUCAGCUCGUGAAUAUGUGGAGUCCCUGCAUCAGAACAACAGGGCCACACUGCUGUUCGGCAAAAACAAUGUGCUGGUACAACCGAGGGAUGACAUGGAGGCAAUCCCAGGUUACCUCUCUCUGCACCAGACUGCUGACAUCAUGACACUGAAAUGGACACCGAAUCAACUCAUGAAUGGCUCAGUUGGAGACUUGGACUAUGAACGCAGUGUAUACUGGGACUAUGCUAUGACAAUCCGUUUAGAGGAGAUAGUUUAUUUGCACUGUCAUCAACAAGAAAUGUCUGUUGUAGUGGACAGUGGUGGGACGGUUGUGCUGGUCAGUCAGGAUGGGAUCCAGCGCCCUCCACUUCGCUUCCCCAGAGGGGGCCAUUUGCUCCAGUUCCUCUCCUGCCUGGAAAAUGGCUUGCUUCCUCAUGGCCAACUGGACCCUCCACUCUGGUCCCAAAGGGGAAAGGGAAAGGUGUUUCCUAAACUGAGGAAAAGAGUAUCUGCAGGAUCUGGAUCCUCAGAUUCGGUCUCAGACAAGGAGGAGGAUGAGGCCACUGACUAUGUCUUCCGCAUCAUCUUCCCAAACAGCCAAUCAGAGUUUGUGACUCUAACACACCCUCCCCAUCUGUAUCCCUCCCCCUCCCUUCAACUGAGUGGGCAGGCUUCCUCCAAAACAGGAAUCCUAGUUGUACCCAAGAGGUCCUUCAGCUGUCAUGAAGAAUCCCCCUCAUUCACAGGAAGCAGCUUGACUCCUCCAGAUUUGAUGGAUCAAGGAGCCACAAUGUGGCACCCCACUCUCAGAAAGUCAUCGUGUUCCUCCUGCUCUCAGGGCAGCUUUUCUGAUGGGUCGACACACAAAGGUUGCAACCAUGAGAGAACUCCUCUGAAGCUGCUGUGCGACAACAUGAAAUAUCAGAUAAUCUCCAGAGCAUUUUAUGGCUGGCUGGCGUACUGCCGUCACCUGUCCACUGUGCGUACUCACCUCUCUGCUCUGGUCAAUCACACCAUCGUGGCGCCCAAUGUGCCCUGUGACGCAAACCAAGGGCUCACAGCUGACGUGUGGCAGACAUUCCUCCAGGACUGCACAGCGUACAAGGAGAAGGAGCUGCUCCGUUUGGUCUACUUCGGUGGUGUGGACCCUUCACUGCGUAAAGAGGUGUGGCCUUUCCUGCUGGGUCAUUACACGUUUGGGAUGUCCGAGGCAGAGAGAAAGGAGGUGGACGAGCAAAUCCGUGUGUGCUACCAGCAGACUAUGAGCGAGUGGCUUGGCUGUGAGGAGAUCGUCCGCCAGCGAGAAAAGGAGCAACACGCUGCAGCCCUGGCAAAGUGCUCUUCUGGGGCGAGUAUCGACAGUCAGAGGAUGAUCCAUCAUGAUUCCACUGUGAGCAAUGAGUCGCAGUCCUCCCCAAGCUCAGAUAGACAGAGCCUUGUUCGCCUACAGAGUGAUUCCAGCAGCAGCACACAGUUCUUCACAUCCUUGCAUCCCUUCCCCUGGAGUAGUCUGCUUCCCUUUGGCUUGUUCUUUCAGGUGUUUGAGUCUGUGGAGGAAGUGGACCAGAUUGAGGUAGAGAUUAAGAACGAAGAGGCCAAACAGGUGCCCAAGAUACCAAAUGGAGCUCUGCAUAAUGAGACAAGCUCUCCUGACUCUGGACAUCCCUCUUCUCGAAACUUCUCCAUCACCUCCGGCUUGUCAGACGGCUCCUUCAGCACGGAGGACAGCUCUGCACCUGAUGCAAACCAGAAACCUGCAGCUGUGCCUCAGGCAUCACAGAGCUCUGUCAAAGCUGCUGAGGCAGAGAGUGAAGCUGUGACAGAGAGAAUAGACAUCCAGGUGACAGGUGAACAGAGGAACAAAGGGGAGGAAGAGGAGGCACUUGAUCAGACUAAAGCUGCAGGAAAUACCAUGACUGUGGUGAUAGAUGACAACACAGACAAAGAAAAGAUAAGCUUGAUGCCUGAAGCACAAGAAAAUAUGGAGUCAGAGACUAUCAAAACACAGGGAACCAAUUCUGAAGAUAAAAAUCUGGAUGCAGAAAUGAAAGUAAUUAAGCCUUCAGAGUCAUUGGAAUCAGGAAAAGACGUGUCUGAAAAGAAAACUAUGAGAGUAACAGCAGCUGCCAUACAAUCCAAAGGAGAACACAUAGAAGAAAGUCUUUUAAACAAAGUCACUGGUAAUACUGAAGAAACUUCCACGCUUGAAGAAACAAAGAUGAAAAAGAUUCAGGAAAUAGAUGAAUCAAAGACAAGUACAGAGGUUUCACAGUCACAAGGGAGAGAAAAAAUAUUCACCAGCCCAGGGGCUCCGGAAGUGGGAAAGAAUCUUUUUCUCUCCACAGACACUGGAGUUUCUGGAGCAGGAGGAGCCUAUUGUGCCUCUAAGAAAGACGAAGCUCAGGUCAUGACUGAGUCUGAUGAGUCUCCCUCAGCCAUAGAGAUGGAGGAAAUCCCCAAAGCCAAAGUUUCCAUGGUGCCUUGGAGCAGGAAGGGACACUGUGAAACCUCGUCCUCCUCUGAGGACUCAGCCCCUCACGUGGAUGUCAGGCAGAAGGAGGGAAAGGUCAGUCCGGAAGGCACUGAGUCCAACCUGUCAGAGCCUGAGAUGGAGAGUCUUUACCCUCCAUUUGAAUCUAUGACCACAUCUAAAAACACAAAAAAAGAAGUGGCCUCUGGAGAAUCGGCUGGAAGCACUUAUUCUCAAGAGCUUUUAGACCUGUAUACACUUAAUCUGCACCGCAUUGAUAAAGAUGUCCAGCGCUGUGACAGAAACUACUGGUACUUCACCCCUGCCAACCUGGAGAAGCUGCGCAACAUUAUGUGCAGCUAUAUCUGGAGGCACCUUGACAUUGGAUAUGUACAGGGAAUGUGUGACCUGCUGGCUCCACUUCUAGUCAUUCUGGAUGACGAGGCCAUGGCUUUCAGCUGCUUCACCGAACUCAUGAAGAGAAUGAAUCAAAACUUUCCACAUGGAGGAGCGAUGGAUACUCACUUUGCAAACAUGCGGUCUCUAAUCCAGAUACUAGAUUCUGAGCUGUUUGAGCUAAUGCACCAGAACGGAGACUACACCCACUUCUACUUCUGCUACCGCUGGUUUCUCCUAGACUUCAAACGAGAGUUGGUGUAUGACGACGUCUUUGCAGUCUGGGAAACCAUCUGGGCAGCCAAGUAUGUCUCCUCGAGUCACUUUGUCCUCUUCAUAGCCCUGGCGCUGGUAGAAAUGUACAGGGACAUCAUCCUGGAGAACAACAUGGACUUCACCGACAUCAUUAAGUUCUUCAACGAAAUGGCCGAGCACCACAACAUCAAGCAAAUUUUGACCCUGGCCAGAGAUCUGGUGUGCAAAGUGCAGAUCCUGAUAGAAAACAAGUGAUUGUGGUGUUUGUCCUCUCUUUCUUCCAAGUAUAGCAUGAACGGCUGUAGCAGCACAAACGUUAAAUGCAUAGGAACAUACAGGCACACACACACACCACAAAAAAACCUUUUUCAAUCAGAGUCUUAUUGACAGUAUCCUCUGUGUCAUUUGUUUUGUCGACAGGUAUGUGAAAAUAUUAAGCUUGAUAUUGUAUGUUUAAGUGAAAGCAGAUGUCACUGAGAAACCCUCAUUUUUAAUAUUCUCAGAAAUCCCACAAGUGUCAGUCUUAAUCCGAGUGCACUUAAUAUUUUGAGAAAAAGAAGUUCUAGUUGCACAUUUCUAGCCAAAACACAAAUCUGAAUUCAACCAGAGACUAUAUUUAUGAGAUAAAUACAUUGUAAUAGUAGUUUGUAUUAAUUAUUUUAAUAGCCAACAAGUUUGAAGAAAAAAUAAAUAUAUCAGAAAGGUUACCCUACGAAAUAAAGAAUGUCUAUGGAUUUUUAAUAUCGUUUGUUUACAGAACUCCAGAAUCAAAUUGAUUUUCAGCGACUGAAUCAGAGCACCGACUGGUAGCCUGAAAAUAUAAUCCACCUCCAGCCAUGUUGAGCACUCAAAGUUCACAUUAACGUAGAAGCAGCUUUUAAUUAAUUUAACAACCUACAGUGUUUUCAGUGGUAUUGAACUGAUAUGUCUGCUCAAUAAUGUGUCUAUUUAUGUAUGAACUGUUGUGUCCUUAAAGAAAAAAUGUGGUUCAGUUAUUAUUACAGUGCAUUAUGUUAAGACUUAUAAAAUCCUAACCUAAUAUUUGACUGAUUAAUGGGUGUCUGGACUGAGGUUUCUAUAUAUAAAAAACAACAUACAUAAUUUGGGCGUCCUUACCAGUUGUUUUGCAAUUUCCAGUGAACCUUUGAAUAUUCUCUAAAUGGUGGAGUUUACUUACUUUGAGUUUUCAUUGUCUUGUAUCAUCUGGUGCCUGCUUGCUGAAUAAGAUUUUAAUUUCAGUUUUUCUGUGAUGGUUAAAUGGUUAGACCAUCUGAGGAGUUGGUAGAUGUUUAGAGUAAUUAAAUGAAGAUUCUUUAGGAUAUCAGUGGUUUAUACUGAGAGAAGGAAAUGAAAGGUACAGUAGGAUCAAUUUUCAACAUGAACUGCAAAUGAUCUGAUGUUAUGAGAUAAACUAUUCUAAUGUUUUGGCAGGUUUGGGUUAGCCUUUAACCCUUGGUCUAAAUUACCUUCAUGCCUGUCAUGCAUAGUGUAAAACUCCAGUCAGCUCCUCAUGUGAUGUUUGAAGAAUGUAGUAAAUUUAAUGGCAUUUAAUUUAAGUGUUUCUUUGUGAAUGAUAGCUGCUGUCAUAAAACCUGUUUUUAAUUCAUUGUAACCUUUAUAUGCCGAAGUAUUUAUUUAUUUAUUCAUUCUCAUUCAAAUGCUGCUUGGUUUGUAAAGCUGAUAUUUUUAUUUUGUGGCCUGUUCUAAAAGUGUAUUGUAAACUAAUCUAAUUCUAUACUAGUACUUCAUAUAUACAUAUUAAAUGGUAUAUGUUCUUAUUAUAAAAAAAAUAAAAAUGGAAUCAUUAUUUUUCCAA